AUGACCGAGUUCGCCUACAAACAUGUUUUGCUUAUUGGAGCUACCUCCGGCAUUGGACAGGCCAUGGCCGUCAAAAUGCUCCAGCAUGGUAUUCAAGUGACUGCCGUGGGCCGACGCCAGGAGAGGUUAGAUGAACUGGUACAAGAAUAUGGCACCGAUAAAGCCCAUGGUGUGGCCUUUGACAUCAGCAAGCUUGAAGCUAUUCCCAAAUUUGUGGCGCAGAUAACCAGUCAAUAUCCCGAUAUUGACUGCGUGUUCAUCAAUGCCGGCCUCCAACGGGCUACCGAUUUCACAUCCCCCCAGACCGUCGACUUGGAUGUCUUCAAUUCAAUCAUGCAUGUCAACUACACGGCUGCAGUGACUCUGGCAACGGCCUUCCUCCCUUACCUAUCGGGCAAGACGACUGCGACAAGCUUGGUCUUCACCCAGUCCAACCUUGCCAUCGUACCUGCAGCCCCCUUGAUUGGUUAUUGCGCAUCCAAGGCUGCUUUGAAUACAUUUGCCAUGUGUAUGCGGGCUCAACUCCAAAAGGCCAAGUCCAAUGUCAACGUGAUCGAAGUCUUUCCACCGGCUGUUCAAACGGAACUUCACGAUUACAUGGGAGCUGAAAAGGGUCGCCAAAUGGGAAUGCCUUUGCAGGAGUUCACGGACAAAGCCUGGGAAGGGCUCGUCAAAGGUGAUGAUGAGGUUUAUGUCGGCUGCAUACCCCCGGCAGAACGCUUUUUCAGUAUUGCUCGACAGCGUCGUACUGCCUGUGAAGACUUUUCUAAAAGAGUAUGA